AUGGUUAUCAUAGGCAGUGAUGACACCUCCAUCAAUGGCAUCAAUUUCACUUCCACCCACAAACUCAAGAUAUCGAUCACCCACAAACGGGAUGACAACCUCGAAGAAAGUAUAAUCUUCGAUGAGUCGGAUGCCGACGGUUUGACCUUCCCUCAUAAUGUUGCACUUGUUAUUACUUUAUGCAUUCUUGAUACAGAUAUUAGGAGGAUUAUGGUUGACGAUGGAAGCAUGACAUGCAUUAUCCCGCCCCGAGUCCUCGUUCAGAUGCGACUCAAGGAUAAGGUAGAGUCACACUGCAUCACACUAACCGGUUUUAACAAUAUAGUUGAACGGACUUCGGGGGAGAUCACACUACCCGUCCUCGCUGGCGGGGUGAUGCUGGAGACCACAUUCCACAUCAUGGACUAG